AUGAUUAAAAAUUAUGAUAUUCAUAAGCUAACAACAUUGAAAUCUUUAAAGGGUCUUUUAAUCGAAAAAGUCCGUUCUGAACAUGCUGGUCGAUAUCGUUGUUCAGCAAAUAAUGAAGCUGGUUUUCAGAAUGCUGUUGUUAGUCUAGAAGUUUUAAUUCCACCAACAUUAGUUAAACCUGCUAAUUUAGAAGUAUCUGGUCGAUUGAAUUCUGUGCUACGAUUGAAUUGUGAAGUUGAAAGUGGAUCACCAACGCCUAUUUUAACUUGGGAACGUGAUGGUGUAAUAUUUAGUCGAACUAAGAGUUAUUAUACUACUACAGAGUCUGGUUUAUUUAUAUUUAAUUCAUUAAAGCCAGAAGAUGAAGGAGAACUUACAUGUAUCGCUAAGAAUGCAGCUGGUGAAGACCGUAUUACUUUUCGUGUAUUUGUUCAAGUGCCACCACGUGUCUCUUUGCCAAUUUCUACAAUUGGUUAUGAGGGUAAAUCAAUUACAAUAACUUGUGAAGCUGAUGGUCGACCGAAACCUGAAAUUAUCUGGGAAUUCAAAGGACAACCAAUGAUUAAUCAUUUGGGUGAUCGUGUACAAUUUGAAACACCAACAAAAGUUACUAUACAUGAUUUAACUCCUUCCGAUGGAGGAACUUAUUCAUGUAUUGCACGUUCUCCUGGUCAAGAAAUGGCUAUGGAUUCGACAUUCUUAACAAUUUUCACUAAACCGGAAUUUGAAAGAACACCGAAUCAAACAACCGAAGCAUACGAAGCAAGAUGGAUACAAUUUCGUUGUAUUGCAAAUGGACAUCCAAAACCAGAAAUACGUUGGAUGCAUAAUGGAAAUAUUAUACCAAGUAAUCCAAGCAAAAAUGGAGUUGGUUCACUGGUACUCGGCCCAUUAAGAACCGAUCAAGCUGGUCGAUAUACAUGUGUAGCAAAGAAUGAUGCUGGAAGUGUUGAAUAUGAUUUUGAAUUAAAAGUCAAAACUCGUCCUAAAGUUCAUGUCUAUCAAUCAGAUGAACCACCAAGAGAAAGUGAUACAACACGUUUACGUUGUGAAGUUAGUGGAGAUGCUGAUUCAGUUGUAUGGUUAAAAGAUGGCAAUAUCAUAUCGAAUUCAAGUCGUUUUCGUAUUCUAGACAAAGGUUCAAGUCUUGUCAUUAAAAUGGCUAAGGCUAAAGAUACAGGGACAUAUCAGUGUAUCGCUGCAAAUCCAGUUGGGGAAGAUCUUGGUGAACUACGUUUAGUUGUAGAAAGUAAACCAUAUCUUGUCAAGUAUCCAAAUAAUAUGACAGCUCAAAUUGGUAGUGUCAUUGUGAUGGAAUGUUUGGCGGAAGGUCAACCGAAACCAACUAUUACAUGGUAUAAAGAUAAACAACAAUUAAUUCUACAUGAACAUCGUUCACUUGUAAAUAAUGGUUCAUUAAGAAUUGUUGGCGUUUCAUCUCAUGAUGAUGGUUUAUAUCAUUGUGUAGCUUCAUCAAGUUUAGGUGAAGAUUUUUCACCACCUGCAUUUUUACAAAUCCAACUAGAUGGUCGAUGGUCAGAUUGGUCACAAUGGUCAGAAUGUAGUCAAACAUGUGGACAUGGAACACAAUCACGGACUCGAACAUGUACUAAUCCAGCACCAAAAUAUGGAGGUGCUCAUUGUACCGAAGAAAAUACUGAAAUUCGUCCAUGUUUAGUCAAAUUCUGUCCUACCGAUGGUGAAUGGGGUAAUUGGACACCAUGGUCUGCUUGCACAGCUACAUGUGGUGUAGGUUUAUCACAAAGACGAAGACGUUGUGAUAGUCCACCUCCAAGCAAUGGUGGUAGAUCAUGUGUUGGUGAAGCUGUUGAAGAUGUAAUGUGUGAAGGUCUUCCACCAUGUCCAAUCUCUGGUAGUUGGUCACCAUGGUCUCCUUGGUCUGAUUGUUCAUCAACUUGUGGAGUUGGAGGUACUCAAAAUCGUAAACGAACAUGUGAUAAUCCAGCACCAGCCAAUGGUGGUCGAUCAUGUCCUGGACAAGAUUUAAUGGUACGUGCAUGUAAUCGUGGUCCUUGUCCAGUGAAUGGAGGUUGGGGAACAUGGAGUGCUUGGUCGCAUUGUUCACAUAGUUGUGGUGGUGGUCAACGUCGUCGAACACGUCUAUGUGAUAGUCCCAGUCCAGCUUAUGGAGGUGAAGAUUGUCCUCCGACAGGAAGUUCAGAAACUUCGGAAUGUCAAUCAGAACCAUGUCCAAUUCAUGGAGAUUGGUCAAACUGGUCAUCAUGGUCAGCUUGUUCACGUACUUGUGGUGUUGGUCUACAAACUAGAGAACGUGAAUGUACUCAACCACAACCACAAUUUGGUGGACGUCUUUGUCGUGGAUCAGCAAAAGAAAUUCGAACAUGUGAAAUGACAAAACGUGGUAGUUCAGAAUUAUGUCCAAAUCAUGAAUCUGGACAAAUUUCUACUUGGUCAGAAUGGUCUUCUUGGUCAGAAUGUGAACCGGAUUGCAGUGUGAAUCGUGAAACCACAGAAACAAGUGGAAUAAAACGUCGUGUACGAACAUGUACACUUUUAUCACUUGAUGAAAAUGAAUUAACUCAUGGUUGUCCAGGUCCAGCUGAAGAAAUUCAAGAUUGUACAUUUGAAUAUAAACUAGACAGAUGUCAAGAUACGUUACAGAACAUUCACAAAGGACUAUUAACUGGAACUAUUCGAGGUCAAUUAAAUAAUUUAGACAUUGGUAUAAUUCAUUUAAAUGCUAAUUGGUCUACAUGGAAUCGUUCAACAAAUUAUGAAUUUCAUUUAACAAAUGUACCAAAAGAACGUAGUCAAUGUUUACAAGCUUUAACAGAAAUUUAUCUUCCUGCUAUAUGGUAUGCAGCAAAAGAAAUGUCCAGUGCAUCGAAUGGUCAUACAGUGAUGGGUACAUUGAAUGGUAUCACAUGGGAAUCAAUUGGUCAAUUUGCUGAUGGUAGUACAAUACAAAUAAGUCAACGUGUAUUACGUGUAUUAAAUUAUAAUAAUUUAACAAAAAUACUUACAAGUGAAUUCAAUCCCAUUCAAAUGACAACAGAGAUUUAUCUAUCUGGAUCAUGUACAUUAACAUUAAUUGAUCAUUUAAAGGCAAUUACAAAUCCUCAAGUGGAAUUACAUGAUUUUCAUGAAAAUUUAAUUCAAUUAAAUCCACAAAAAGGCAGUUUACAUAGUCAUUCAUCAAGAGCAUUUACAGUAUAUAAUUUAGAUAGAGAAAAAUCACAAAUGGAACCAUAUUCAUGGAUUUCAACAAUUCAAAUUGGUCCAGAGCGAAGACAAACUUAUUUAACUCAAGAAUUACAUGUGAAUAAUGUAGAGAAUAAUGCAAAUCUAGAAACUGGACAAAUUGAAUUUCUUGCUGAAAGUAUCAUGAAAAAACCAUUGGGUCCUGAAGUUUGUCCAUCUGGUUUUGAAUUAAAUCAAGCUAGAAUUACUGGAACAAAUAGUAUAAAAUUACAAAGAAGACGAGAUUAUUGUAAAGAUAUUGAUGAAUGUGCUUUUCAAAAUUUAAAUAAAUGUGAUCAUAUUUGUAAAAACACUGUACCAUAUUAUACAUGUACAUGUCAUCAAGGUUAUCGUCUAUCGGUUGAUGGACAUUCUUGUAUUGAUAUUGAUGAAUGCGCUAUUAUUAAUGGUAGUAGUAGUAAUAAUAGUAAUAAUAAUGAAACUUUAUGCCCAUAUGGACAACGAUGUAUGAAUACACAUGGAAGUUAUGAAUGUAAACAUAUUUGUGGACCUGGUUUAAAAGAAAAUCCUAUAAUGGAUCGUUGUGAAGAUAUUGAUGAAUGUCAAACGGAACCGGGUAUUUGUGGACUACAUAAAUGUGUGAAUACAUUCGGUGGCUAUCAAUGUGUAUGUUUACCGGGUUACAAACGAAUUGGUGAAUUAUGUCAAGAUAUUGACGAAUGUCAAUCUGGAACUUAUCAUUGUGGUGUCAAUGAACGUUGUAUGAAUAUACCAGGCAGUUAUCGUUGUCAACCAGCAUGUCCACAAGGAUAUCGUGCAAUUGGUACAGUGGAUUCAAAUAUUAUUGAAUGUAUUGAUAUUGAUGAAUGUAUCAUGGGCAGCGUUCAUUGUCCAUUUGGAUCUAGAUGUAUCAAUGAACCUGGAACGUAUAGUUGUCGUUGUGCUAAUGGUCAAGAAGCUGGAACUCAUGGAUGUGAUAGUAAUCGACGUGAUUUAUUCUGUAAUGAAGGAUUUCAAUGGAAUCGAGAAAAAGGGUGUAUAGAUAUUGAUGAAUGUAAUCCAUCAUAUGGUACAAGUCCAUGUCAAUAUAAUUGUAUCAAUACUUAUGGUGCAUAUCGUUGUGAAUGUCCAAUUGGUUAUGAAUUAGAUCGUAAAACAAAUUUAUGUCGAGGUAAGUCAAUUAAAUAA